CGGGUGCGUCUCCCGCCCUGUUCGGGCUCCCAGCUUUGUCACGGCUCCGCGCGCCGCAUCCCGCGCAUGCGCGUCUGGGUGCGGGUGGGUACCGCAGCGACCUUGUGGGCGGCUGGAUGGGCUACGCGUAGGAGAGAAAGCCAAGAGAGCUGCUGGGCCCGGGAAGGCAGUGACCGGAAGGAAGGGCACUUUGGCUAAGCCUGCCCAGGGAAGUAACAAAAACCUAUGCGACUGCUCCCGGUGGCUCCCGGCCGUCUCAUCUCCCAGCUGUGUUGUGGACUGAAGCCUUCAGCCUCCCCACAGAGUAAGAUCUGCCUCAUCAUGGCUCGUCCAAGUUCCAAUAUGGCAGAUUUUCGGAAGUGUUUUGCGAACGCAAAGCACAUAGUCAUCAUCUCGGGGGCUGGUGUUAGUGCGGAGAGUGGGGUUCCAACAUUCACAGGAACCGGAGGCUAUUGGAGAAAAUGGCAAGCUCAGCGCCUGGCGAGUCCUCUGGCCUUUGCUGACAACCCCGCACAGGUGUGGGAGUUUUACCACUACCGGAGGGAGGUCAUGCGGGACAAGGAACCCAACCCUGGGCACCUGGCCAUUGCCCAGUGUGAAGCCCGGCUGCGUGACCAGGGCAGACGGGUUGUGGUCAUCACCCAGAACAUUGAUGAGUUACAUCGAAAGGCUGGCACCAAGAACCUGCUGGAAAUCCACGGAACCUUAUUUAAAACUCGGUGUACCUCGUGUGGCAAUGUUGCUGAGAACUACAAGAGUCCGAUUUGUCCAGCCUUACUGGGAAAAGGGGCCCCAGACCCAGAUGCUCAAGAGUCCAGAAUCCCAGUCCAUAAACUUCCCCGGUGCGAGGAGGCAGGAUGUGGAGGCUUGCUGCGACCUCACGUGGUGUGGUUUGGAGAAAACCUGGAUCCUGCCAUUAUGAAAGAGGUGGACAAAGAGCUCGCCCGCUGUGACCUGUGUCUAGUGGUGGGAACGUCCUCUGUGGUCUACCCAGCUGCCAUGUUUGCCCCUGAGGUGGCUUCCAGGGGCGUCCCGGUGGCUGAGUUUAACAUGGAAACUACCCCGGCCACCAACAAAUUCAGGUUUCAUUUUCCCGGACCCUGUGGGGUAACUCUUCCUGAAGCCCUUGCUCCCCAUGAAACUGAAAGGAUUUCUUAAUUGCCCCAUGGAAAGAGGAGAAGAUCCUGGAAAACAGAUGCAGGGCACUGACAGGAGAAGUGGUUUUGUGGCUGGUGAGCUGAACUUCGGAAAAAAUCUAAAGAUACCCUCCAAGCCUCUAGCAGACAAUCUGCUAAGCAACAGCAAAUGUGUUUUAUCUGGAAGAAGCUGUCAAGGUCUUCCAUGUUAUUUGAUUUGAGUAUUUUGGAUCUGAUAUUUUGGUUAGUUACUGGAAAGGAAAAAAUUGUAAUCAAAUUGUUUGAAAAGAUGGGAAUUAUCCCGAUCAUACCUUUGCAUCUUGGGAAAGACAGAAAUAGAGAAUUUAAAUCCCAAA